AUGACGAGAAUGCUACAGAUAAAUCUCAACUGCUGCAAGGUGGCGCAGCAGUUGAUGCUUCAAACUGCCACUGAAAAGAAGGCUGACGUUUUAAUUGUAUGUGAGCAAAACACAACACUGCCACAUUGGCAUUCAGAUACAGACGGGAAAGCUGCAAUCGCAAUCCAUCAGGAGACUAUCUUAGAAGAAGUAGGGGACGCCGGAAAGGGGUACGUGUGGGUUAGGAUCGGAGGGAUCCGAAUCUAUUCCUGCUACGUCUCACCUAACACAACUUUUAAUGAAUACAGAGAGUACCUAGAGCGGCUAGAAUCCAGCAUACGAGCUGGAACGGGGGAAGUCAUACUAGCCGGAGACUUUAAUGCCAAAAACGCAGAGUGGGGAUCAGCUAUUAGUGAUCAAAGAGGCAACGAGCUCGCAGCUCUAAUCGCCUCCCUGAACCUGAAUGUAUGCAACAUCGGAAGCACUCCUACGUUCGAAAGAGGAUCGAGUCGCUCCAUCCUGGACCUGACAUUCACAUCGCCGCUCACGGCGCGACAAAUGUUAGAUUGGAGUGUGCUUGAUGAAGAAUCGAGAAGUGAUCACAAAUACCUCUUCUUCAGAAUUGGACCACAUACCGGAAGACAUCCCGAUGUUCCCACGGGAUGGUGCCGCAAGAAACUCGACCCCGGAAAACUCAAAGAAUACCUGGAUGGCAAGGAACUACCGCGAAAUGCGUACGAAUUGAUGGAUAGAAUAAGAGGAGCAUGCGACGCGGCCAUGAUCACAAACCUCAAUAUUGGUGGACAAACGAAAUAG